AGCGUAGAGAGAGCAAGAGAGCUUGUUUUGACAUUAAAGUGCAUUGUUGCCAUUUGACAAUAUUCCUAACCUGAAUAUUUCUGAACUGUUCAAGAACGUGAAAAUUUAAAGAAAUUACCGCAAUAAUGUCAACUAGAUGGUAUCCAUUAUAUCAAAGAGGAGCGCCUCAAUUGAGGGUUUUCCUGCCUAACUUUUGGAUGAAAUUAAUAAGACCAACAGAAGAACAGCCUACAAAUGUUGUACAAUUUUCUGUAUCAAUGGAGAUGACAAAGCAUGAUAUCAAAAACUAUUUAGAAAAAAUAUACGAUGUUAAAUCUGUUGAUAUAAGAACAAGAAUAGCACUAGGUAAUAUGAAAAAAGACUUGAAAGGAUAUAUAACCAAAGAAGAUGACAUAAAAUAUGCCUAUGUGACUCUACCAAGAGGUGAACAUUUUGAAUUUCCUGAUCUUUUCCCUUCAUCAGUGGAAGAACAACGUAAAGAUGAAGAAAAGUCACUGGAAGAAGCUAAGAAAAGCUACAAUACCUUUGUAGAUAGGAACAAGGAUAGAAGAAACACUCCUGGCUGGUUUGGAAUUUAAGAUGAUUGCUUUAGAAGCUAGAUGUACAAAUAGUGUGUAAUAAAUUUAGUUAUUCUUAGA